CUCAACCUACCAACACCAUGGUCAGUUCCUGUUGUGGCUCCACCUGCUGUGGUCCAAGCUGUGGCUCUGGCUGCUGCCGGCCCAGCUGCUGUAUUUCUAGCUGCUGCCGCCCCACCUGCUGUGGGUCCAGCUGCUGCCAGCCCUGCUGCCGCCCCUGCUGCUGUAUUUCUAGCUGUUGUCGCCCCAGCUGCUGUGGGUCCAGCUGCUGCCAACCUUGCUGCUGCCGCCCUACCUGCUGCAUAACUAGCUGCUGUCGCCCCAGCUGCUGCCAGCCCUGCUGCUGUCCCCCCUGUUGUUGUAUUUCUAGCUGUUGUCGCCCCAGCUGCUGCCAGCCUUGCUGCCGCCCCACGUGCUGUAUUUCUAGCUGCUGCCAACCUUGCUGCCGCCCUACCUGCUGCACAUCUAGCUGUUGCCAGCCCUGCUGCUGCCGCCCCACCUGCUGUACUUCUAGCUGCUGCCAGCCUUGCUGCUGCCGCCCCACCUGCUGCCAUAUUACCUGCUGCAGAACCAACUGUUGCAGACCAGCCUGCUGUGGGACUUCUUGCUGCUGAGCUCUCACACCUCUGUUCAAUUGCCCACCAUUCCUAACUAAUGUCAGCCACCACCUCCCUUCUUCCUUCUUGCUUCAGGGCAAGGAGAGCUUUCAUGGCAAUCCAAUAGGAAACAAUCCACACCUUGAUUUCUGCAAUGAUUAGUUUUCUGUUUGCCUCCUUGUUCUACAUGGAUAUCAAAGUUUUAUCUCAUUGAACUCCAUCAACUCAAAAUCUUGCCUAUUCUCUUAAAUCCUCAGGAACUUCCUUCCUCAGCUUUGGUCACAAAACUUGGCUCUGUGACAGGAACGUCAUUGCUCAUGUUUUUAGCUCACAACAAGAUUUGAAUACAAAGAUUCUCAAGGUGUUUCUUGUCCAGAUUCCC